GUAGCCCGCCCCUUCCGGCCCCGGGCGGCGGCCGCCAUGGAGGACGCCCCGCGCUUCUCCUUCGGGGUCAUCGCGGACGUGCAGUACGCGGACGCGGAGGACGGCCGCGAUUUCUGGGGCUGCCGCCGGCGGUACUACCGGCACAGCCUCCGCCUGCUGCGGGCCGCCGUGGAGGCUUGGGCCGCCGAGCGGCCGCCGCCCGCCUUCGUGCUGCAGCUGGGCGACUGCAUCGACGGCGUCAACGCGCGGAGCGGCUCCGCCGAGGCGGAGGCGGCGCUGGCGCGGGUGCUGGCGGCGCUGGGACGGCUGCGGGUGCCGGUGCAUCACGCCUGGGGCAACCACGAGCUGUACAACUUCGCCCGGGCCCGCCUGGCGCAGAGCGGCCUCUGCAGCCGCCCGCCGCCGGGCCCCGGCCCGCCCGCCGCGCCGCCCGGCGAUUGCCACGCGUACCACUUCUGCCCGGCGCCGCGCUUCCGCUUCGUGCUGCUGGACGGCUACGAGCUGAGCCCGCUGGGCCGGGACGCCGACAGCCCCCGGCACCGGGCGGCCCUGCGGCUGCUGAGGGAGAAGAACCGCAACGCGGACCUCAACAGCCCCGCAGGACUGGAAGAACCUCAGUUCGUAGAAUUCAAUGGAGGAUUUAGCCAAGCCCAGCUGGACUGGUUCGAUGACGUACUCAGGUUCUCCGAUGAAAACCAUGAAAAAGUUGUCGUUAUGGGUCAUCUGCCCAUUCACCCAGAUGCUUCAGACAAAGUUUGCCUAGCCUGGAAUUACAGAGAUGCCCUUUCUGUCAUACACUCUCAUCAGUGUGUGGUCUGCUUUCUUGCAGGGCACCUGCACGAUGGUGGCUACUGUUUAGACUCACAUGGCGUUCAUCAUCUUACUUUGGAGGGGGUUAUUGAAACUCCACCUGAAAGCAAUGCCUUUGGAACUAUUUAUGUCUAUGAUGAUAAAAUGGUAUUAAAGGGAAGGGGCAGAAUUUCAGACAGAGUGAUGUGUUUCUGAAAAUGCCAAGCAGAUGUCUAACUGCAAACUUUUCUCCUUUAGGAAGUACUCAGACUAAAAAGUAUGGCAUCCAGCAUGUUCUUUGCUUGUAGAAAGAUCUACAUGUCUGAUGCUUGCAGUUUUAACUCUAAUGUUUCUCUCUCAGAUACAGAACUCUAAAAAUUAUGUUUUUGUAAGGAACAAGAUUUAACUUUUUGGAGAAUAGAGAAGGCCAGUAACCAUGUUUGAAAAAUGCAGAAUGUUGACUUAACCACCCAGUCCUGAACAGAUUGCUGUUCAUUGUGAAAAAAAACACAAACAAAAAGCCACUAGGUGGUAGUUUUGUUUUUCCAGGAUAUACCUGAUUUAGUCAGAUUUAAAGCAUUAAAAUUGUACCCACCCAGAAGCAGCUACAUACAUCUAGCUGGAAAGUCCAAGCUGUAGCCUAAAGCAGUCUUCUUAAUGCUGCUUUAAAAGACUAAAGUCAUUUUGAAAAAAGUGAAGCCAAUGAAAAUGGGCACUGUCUAUGCUACAUCAGAGCACAGUGCAGAGAGGCCCAAGCUUUAAAAUAAAAUAAAGGCAGGAAAACUAUGGCAUCAUGUAAUGCUGCAGAUAUAGCAGGUGGGAUACGUGUGUAUCCCUGGCCUGCAGCAGCACUGAGGGAAACAAGCUCUGAGCUCUGACUGGGGAUGACUCGAAGCGUGGUGCUGUGCUGCAUCUGGAUCCAUGCUGUCUCCACAGCCUGAGUAUUCACGCUCACCUGCACGUGCUUCUCCAUGACCAGUGAUGAUGGAGCAUGCUUACUGUCUCUGGGCUGCUGUACGAGUUCUGAUUUCCAAGAACAGAAAUUCUUUGAGAAGCAGGUUGUAACAGUGACUGUGUCUGCUGGCGGCACUCUGUGAGCAUGCUUUUUGCAGAAAAUAAAGAAGCUUUCACUUGG